UCACGUAGGCAUUUGAUUCACACAUUUGUUGUAAACACCUGAACAAUGUCUACACAGAGUGGAUUCAGAAUCAUCUCAAUGCUCAACCUCAUGUGCGGCUGAGAGCUGUGGCUUUGAGUCGAAAAAGACUGGAAGCUGCAGCAGACGUGUGAUGGGGAAACGUCCAGAAACGGCGACAGCUGAACCUGCGCCUGGCGCGCGCGGAAUUCCGGCAGACGGCCGGGCGAGCGGAACUUUAAUAGGACCCCUGCUCGAGGACGUAACCUCACCCACUCUGCCCCGCACCUCCGCACUAGAGGGGACACGCUGCCCGAACCGUCGAGGACCCUGGAUUGUUUUAUUCCGUGCGUUUCAGUGUCAAACGGGAUUUAAUGAGAAUAAGGAGAUCACCUUCCUACUAAAGAGCAGGUUGACAUUUGACGCGAGCGCCAAUCUUCAACACUUGGGCGCCGUGGCACCGAGAUGACGGAGGUGGUCACACAGGUCAUGGCCGAGGUUGCCCAUGACAACCUGGCGGACAAGUACCAAGAGGAGGAUGUGAAGGACGCAGCCAAUGAGGAGGAGGAGGACGGCGUGACAACCCAGGACGACAAGGAAGACGAGGCAGCCAAUCAGGAAGAGGCAGAGGACGAGAUGGACGAGGACGAGAAGGCAUCUCAGGACAAAGAGGAUGAGACACGGGAGGAGCCGGAGAGUGGGAAGACUCCGGACGUUAACGGUGUAGAACAAGAUGGAGGCGAAGACAAGGAAGAGGAGGGGGAGACGAAGGUCAACGGCGAGGACCAGGAGAAGACCAAGGAGGAGGAGGAGGGGGAUGAAGAUCACACGGAGAACACAAACAUGUCUGACGUGGUGCUGAGACGAGAGAAGCUGCUGCGGUCCCGUAGGCCCGUGGCCCGCAGCUACGUGCCCAAGGACACGGACAAGGGGGACGUGAAGAACAAGUUCGAGGCCAUGCAGAAGGCCCGCGAGGAGCGAAGCCGGAUGAGGAACACCGAGGAGCAGAAGAAGAGGAAGGAGCAGUACAUCAAGGAGCGGGAGUACGGCCGCCGCAAGCAGCAGAUAAAGGAGCUCCUGGCCUCCAGUGAUGAGGAGGAGGAGGUGAAGCCCGCCAAGGUAGAGAAGUCCUACGUGCCGAAGAUCACAGGUAGCGUCAAGGGGAAGUUCGCCGAGAUGGAGAACAAGAGACAGGAAGGGGGGAGGAAGAAGAUGGAGGAGGAGAGGAAGAGGAGAGCGACCCAGGACAUCAUGGAGAAAGCCAAGAUUCAGAAGGAGCUGGCCAAGAAGGCGGCGGAGGAAGGAGACGACAGCAUCCUGGUGCGGGUGGUCCCGUCCAAGGCCUGCCGCCCCCCCGGCCGUAUCAAGAUGAACUUCGAGGACAUCGAGAAGAACCGCGAGGAGGACCUGAAGAAGAGGGCGGAGGAGGAGAAGAAGAGGCUGUACGACGAAAACCGCCGCUCCUUCAGGGAGGCUAAGAGGAGCUCGCUCGCUCCGGCGGAGGAGGAGCUGCGGCCGGCGGAGCGGGAGGCGGUGACCCCGGGGAGGCUGAAGCUGUCCUUCGAGGAGCUGGAGAAGGAGCGACAGGAGCAGAGGAGGAGGCAGGCGGAGGAGGGCGCCAAGCGCCGCCUGCAGGACGAGAAGAAGGCCUUCGAGGAGGCCAAGCUGGAGAUGGGCGAGGAGGAGGAGGGGGACGACGCCUCCGGGGCGGCGGGGGACAAGGAGGAGUUACGACCGGGGCGCCUGAGGCUGAGCUUCGAGGAGCUGGAGCGACAGCGCGUGGAGGGGGAGAGGAAGAAGGCGGAGGGCGAGGCGAAGAAGAGGAUGGAGGAGGAGAGGAGAGCCUUCGCCGAGGCCAGGAAGAGCAUGCUGGUGGACGACGACGACGAUGUGCUGAUGGCCCUGCUGAACCUGGAGGGCAGCGAGCCCGGGAAGAUCUGCGUGAGCUUCGAGGAGAAGGAGCGCCAGAGACGGGAGGAGGAGCAGAGGAAGGCGGAGGAGGAGGCCAAGAAGAGGCUGGAGGAGGAGAAGAGGCUCUUCGCCGAGGCCCGCAAGAACAUGAGCACUGGGCUGGAUCAGGAUAUGUCUGCCUAUGGGGACGACAAUGAUGAGGGCGAGCCGGACGGCAUGGUGCGGAGCGAGUCCCAGGAGGCUCUGCAGCCGGGCAAACUGGAGAUCAACUUCGAGGCGCGGCUCAAGCUGAAGCAGGAGGCGGAGCGGAAACGCAAGGUGGAGGAGCGCAAGAAGAAGAUGGAGCAGGAGAAGCAGGAGUACGAGCAGCUCCGACAGGAGAUGGGCGAGGACGAGGUGAACGAGAGCUCCGACGCGAUGAGCAAAGAGUACGAGGAGCUGGUCAAGCUCAAGAGGACCGGCUCCAUCCAGGCCAAGAACCUCAAGUCCAAGUUUGAGAAGAUCAAGCAGCACACCGACGAGGAGAUCCAGAAGAAGAUCGAGGAGGAGCGCGCCCGGAGGAAGGCGGUGGACGAGGAGAUCAAGGAGCGGGAGACCGAACGGUUCCAGGAGGGGGAAGAGGAGGUGGACGUGAACACAGCGAAGGCCGACGAGUCCCCGUUCAAGCAGAAGGUGGACAUGCGCGCCCGCUUCCAGCAGAUGGCCCUGGCCCGGGAGGAAGAGGAGAAGAGGAGGGUGGAGGAGCAGAAGCUGCAGAGGAUGCAGUUCGAGCAGCAGGAGAUCGACGCCGCGCUGCAGAAGAAGAAGGACGACGAGACGGAGGCGGAGGACGGCAGCAUCGUCAACGGCUCGGCGGCCUACGAAGACGAGGAGGACCAGGAGCGCUCCGGGGCGCCCUGGUUCAAGAAGCCCCUGAAGAACCAGUCGGUGGUGGACUCGGAGCCGGUGCGCUUCACCGUCAAGAUCACGGGCGAGCCCAAGCCGGAGGUGACCUGGUGGUUCGAGGGCGAGACGCUGCAGGACUGCGAGGACUACCAGUACAUCGAGCGGGGCGAGACCUUCUGCCUCUACCUGCCCGAGACCUUCCCGGAGGACGAAGGGGAGUACAUGUGCAAGGCGGUGAACAGCCGGGGCACGGCGGCCAGCACCUGCAUCCUCACGAUAGAAACUGAUGACUACUGAGCCCUCCCACCCCCCCGCCCUCCUCCCUCCCCACUCCCCACUCCCCCAGUCAUCUAGAGAACUCUCCCCCGUUAUCUCUCACCCCUUCCCUGACAUUUCAGUCCCUCGCCGAUGGGCCAAACAGCGGCAAGAGAAGCACCAAUCAGCUUGGCAUUCCUACGGGAGGGCCAAGGAAUACACACACAGUGCGAGAUGUGUGGUUUACGUUCUAGUUUGUCUGUGAGAAACUGCCCUAGAGUAGAACGACGCAAGUGCCAAAAGAAAUAUUGAUACAGUAGCGUGUUUUAAAUGCGUACUUUGGUGUUUCUCGACCCACAACAUGACAGCGAACUGAUGGAGAAUGAUUGCGCUUUUGAAUCAUGCCGAUAGUUUUUCGUGUGGAAAAACCUAAAAAAGUUGUUUUUUGGAAUGUGUUUUAAUAUGUCCCAGUUUCAAAAGUAUAAAAAAGUAAGUGAUACGUUUAAUUAAAUUUCGGAGUACCCGAGGCCUAUGGUGUCCUGUAUUCCUACUAUCGUACAUGUAUGUGAACGUAACGUUAUAUCGGCAUACUUGUUGUUACAGUAUAGAAUAAUGUUUACCAUGACAUCCUGUAGGUUGGCUAUGCAAUUAUUGUGAAUAGAUAUUUUUUAUUAGAAUUAUGAUAACUGGAGAAACAAUUCUAAAUCUGUUGAGAUUGAAAGCACAACCUUGAAACAAAACAAAUUUUACUGAAAUCGAAUCUGUUGAAAAAAUAUGGACGUCCGUUUUCACCAAAUCUUUAUCUUGAAUAUUUAAAUCGUAACCCUUUUUUUUUAUUGUUGAAUAUAAUGAGAGACUCUGACAGAUCCUGAUACAACUGUUUUUGGACUCUAUGUUAUUACUUUAUCGUUGAUUCUGGAGAAAUAUAAGCCUAGAUUGAUUAUUUGUCAAAUGUAAUAAAAAUGUUUUAAUAAAAUAU